AAUUUUAAUCAUUAUAAAUAAGAAAGUAGCCAACAAAAUAUUUUAAGCCGUGUUCCCUUUUCGUUCCAUAAAGUUUGUUAGUACAUUAACUAAAAUUGAAAAUGCAGCUCACCACAUACAUCAAAAAUGUAUCAUUGGAUAUUUGUAAAUGAUAUGAAAUAGAUCUGAUGGUGUUACAAAUAUUAUGUAGGGAUAAAAAUAUGUAACUCGUAUGAGACCUGUUUGGCUAAUCACUUAGCAGUACAUGUGUGCAUGUAAUUUAGUUCAUGUGAAUUAUUCAGUGCAGCAUGUUUUUUAUAGUAUAAUUAUAUUAGGCGAGUCAUUUAGCAUCUUAUGUUAGCUUCAUUUUUAAUCUUUGGCCUAGUAGGGUAUCGGAUGCUACCGGAGCUUCUAAUAUGACUCCCGACUAUAUUAGAUAAUGUGGUUUUGCUAUUUGGUUCAACGAGUAUUCGAUUACUCGUAGAUGAAUGGUCAUAAAACCUAAAGAUAUCAAUCUGUGUCUCAGUUAGAAGCCUAGGAGUAGGUUGAUAAAUUAAUUGUACCUGAAUUUAUGUAAUUCUACUGUAUAUUUUUCCUUUUGAAUCCAUAACCCAUUCGUAAACUUUUUUCCCAGCUACUUUUUGUUUUUCAUUUCAGAAAAUACAUGGUUUUACUUGUUAAUGCACUUUUACACAUCCAAUCACAAAAUGCAUAAAAAUAAAAAUUGUUGAGGGGAAAUAAUAAUCAUAAACGUAGAUAUAUGGAUGUUUGACAGAAAAUACUAAUAUAAGUUUUUAGUCUUGAUACCCAAUUAUUAAAUAGAUACUGAACUAAAAGACCAUGUAAUAACAUGAUUUUUCUAACUUCAAGUUCAAGUAUAAACACUGUUUAUCACAUGGAAUAUCUUGUUUUUAGAGAUAUAAACUGUGAAUCAAGAGUUACAAAGAAAUCUCACCGACGGCAAAGAAAUUAGCCAAUGGAGAAGUCAUUUAAAACCAAAAUAUUAUACAAUAACGCAUGCAUAUCCCUCCAAAAGACCAACGAGCGAGCCUAUGAUUGAUUGAUAUAUACACAACCCAAAACGGAAACAUACAGCUAUCCUCAAGGUUUUUACACAUCCAAAUCUUUCCUACUAACAUUCACACUUCCCCAUUUACUAUUCAUGUUUGUGUUUAGCCAACGUACGUAGAAGCCCAAUUUAGCAAAGGAAAAAAAACGUACGUAGUAGCCAAACCAUAUUAGAGCAACAUUAACCCUAUUACCCCAAAAGGGGUUCUUAGUGCUUUUUUUAUUAAUUGAUUGUACUUUUUUUCACCUAAGAACUUGAGUUAAGAAACAAUUAUAAAUGUGUCCUCCAAUGGUAGUUUCUUAAUUAGGGGUUCUUAAUUUUUUUUAAAAAUUGAACUGAGAAGAUUGGAUGAAUCGAUCGACAGAGGAAUCAAGGUAGAGAAGGAUCGAGGGACAGAGGAAUCCAGAAAGAUCGAGGGACAGAGAAAUUGUCGGCCUUGGUUGUGGGUUUCGAUCCUUUCUCUGUCACGGAGAACACGAGAAGACAGAGAGACUGGUGGUGGAGGAUCGGUGGUGGGUUCGAUCCUUUCCUCCGAACGGUGGUGGUUUCGAUCGGUGGAGGAUCAGUGGUGGUUUGGAGGAUCGGUGGUGGUUUUGAUCGGUGGUGGUUUUGAUCGGUGGUGGUUUCUAUCGGUGGAGGAUCGGUGGUGGUUUCUAUUGGUGGUGGUGGCGAUGGGUUUCGCCUCUGUCUUUUGAACGGAGAAAACAAGAAGACACAGCGACGAGGGGAAAAAAAAAAGAAAGAGAAGAAAGAAAUAAAUAAAAGAAAAUAGAAAAUAUAACUUAAUCUACGAAGCUGACACGUGGCUCUAACACCCCACAUAUAAUCGAUCACCAAACACCCUAAUUAAGGAUCGGUAACUCCUUUUUUCUUUUGUUCUGAUUUAAUUUUAAUCACCUUUUUGCCUAAGAAACCUAAUAAGGUUCCCCGUUAAUGAUGGUCUUAACUAAUGAUUUAAGAACCUUUAUAAUUACAAUAUACUAUAUAUAGGAAAUCACAAAUAUAGGAAGAAUAAGAGAAAAAAUGCUAACUCCAACCACACGUACGUACAUGGUUCUAUUUUUUCUCGACAACAAUCAAAUAGAGAGGUCUACCUCGUAGACAUCUUAAUUUAAAUUCCAAUCUCCAUAUUUUACGAGAGAAAAAUCGAUAUACGUCUCAUGAAUUCACAAUGUUGACAUCAUGGUUUCUCAACGUUUUCUUCCUCGUCUUAGCCUUUGUCCCGCUCAUAUUAUCGGCACCAGCAACAAGUUUAACGAAAGACUAUUACCAAAAAACAUGUCCCGAUUUCAGUAAAAUCGUUCGUGAAACAGUUACAACAAAGCAAGCUCAACAGCCAACGACAGCUGCUGGAACGCUCCGUGUCUUUUUUCACGAUUGCUUCUUAGAAGGAUGCGAUGCGUCGGUACUAGUCGCUACAAAUUCUUUCAACAAAGCUGAACGCGACGAUGAGCUCAACGAGUCGCUUCCAGGAGACGCGUUUGAUAUCGUGACGCGCAUUAAGACCGCUCUUGAAUUGUCUUGUCCUGGUGUGGUGUCAUGCGCAGACAUCCUGGCUCAGUCCACGCGUGACCUUAUCACAAUUGUUGGUGGACCUUUCUAUGAAGUCAAAUUAGGUCGUAAAGAUGGGUUUGAAUCGAAAGCCCAUAAAGUUCAUGGAAACAUACCAAUAGCAAAUCACACGGUACACGACAUGAUGUCGAUAUUCAAAAAGAAUGGUUUCUCUCUAAAGGAAAUGGUUGCACUUAGCGGCGGGCACACUGUGGGAUUCGCUCACUGCAUAGAAUUCAGCAGCCGGUUAUUUGGACCACGGGCUGAUCCAGAGCUCGAUUCGCGAUACGCAGACCGUCUUAAAGAUCUAUGCAAGGAUCACACGGUAAAUAAGUCGAUGGCGGCAUUUCUCGACCCGAUAACGCCAGGAAAAUUCGAUAAUAUGUACUUCAAGAACUUGAAAAGAGGUCUUGGACUGCUAGCUUCCGACCACGCCUUGUUCAAAGACAAUGGCACGAGACCGUUUGUGGAUUUAUAUGCGGAUAACCAGACGGCUUUCUUCGACGAUUUUGCUCGUGCCAUGGAAAAACUAGGCAUGGUCGGCGUUAAAGGCGAUAACGAUGGAGAAGUGAGACGCAAAUGUGAUCACUUUAACAAACUUGACGUAUAAUUAACAUCAGGCGAUGAUUAAAAGUGAGUUUGGUUUUUGUUUAUAAUGCAUUUUUUGUCAGUAGUAAAUUAUCGUAACAAUUUCCAGAGUGUAAUUUAUAUGUUUUAUUCUCCUAAAUUUUGAAUUAAUGUAUGUUAUAUAAAAUGUAUCAGUUAAUACUUACGGAAGAUAAUUUUUUUUUUUUGAACACUCUUACGGAAGCGAAUAAAACUUUAGUUCUGGACUUAUUUCACCGUAUAACUUUCAAAUUAUCUCAUAAGGUGGUGACAGUGUCACCAUCAAGUUUUGUUGGUCUUGGGCCAAGCUUCGACGAAUAAAACCCAACCCGUUAUAAGCAGUUUUUCUUUUGUUUUUCGAAGAGGGAGGUUUGGUAUAGCUAAAGUGAAAUCGAGAUUGGGAGUCUCAGUCUCUGGUCUUGUGCCUGUGAGGCUUGAAGAAUCCGACAACAAUCGUUCAUAGCUCGGACAUCUUUGAACUUUGAUCCACAUUCUGAUAACAAUUUGGAUUCAAAAAUUAUAUUAAUAAGAGAAUCCCAUUUUGAUCCCAAUGAACUUUUGGUUAAGUUUUUGGAAAUUUGAUACCUUACUGAAUGAAAUGCCUAGACCCGAUGCAUUUGCCUUGAAAUGGACCCGAUCUUCACUGUUAUACACACAUCCCAAUUUUAUUUCAUUUUAAUACAAUGUACAUGAUUUUGUAUUAAACUAACAACAUAAAACAAAUGCUAAGUUUCUUAUAUGAUGCAAAUAUAGAAAGCUGCCUUAAAUAUAUAAUGUUUAAUCGAUAUAUGAGUUGGUAUAUCCACAUUUAAAAAUUAAAAUUCUUCUAGAUUUGUCUUGUUGAAUAGAUUAAGAGGGAGUUAUUGGAAGAUGAAUUUGUAUAGAGUUUGUGAAUUUUAAGAGUUGACUGAUUUAAAACAGUUAUGUGGAUUGCGAAAUUUAUAUAUAUUGACUUUUAGGGGUUAUUGGUUGUUGUAUUUUAAUGGAUUUGAAAAUCCGAACUAAAUCUAGUGUUAUUGGUUCUGUGAUUUUCAAAUUUGUAUUAAAAUCAGGUGUUAUUGGUUAAAAUGAUUCAUAAAUUCUACAUCAAAUCAAGUGUUAUUCAAUCGUACGGAUUUACUAAUAUAUUUGAUUUUAUAAUGGAUUUGAAUGGAUUUGUUUGAAUUUUUUAGUUAAAAAUACAAAAACUCAAAUCCAAGGGAAAACCUCCGGAUUUGCAUAUUUUAUUUGGAUUUAUAAAUACUAUAUGGAUUUCUAAAUCAAUCAAAAUAUAUAAACCAAUAACACAUUUGAUCAUAACUUUUUUUAGAUUGGUAUAGAUUUUCAUGAAUUUGUAUUACUUUUUUCUAUCAUUCUUUUUUGUCAACUGAAUAUAUAAUUUUUUUUAUAAAUCAUAUAGACUGAUUUUUCAUUUUUUUUUUCAAAUUAAAAAAUAAUAAUGAUAGUGAAACAUACAAAAUUGGGUAAUUCUUUUAAAUAGUUUUUUUUUUGUCACCAAAAAGCACUCAAAAAGGAAAAUGAUCAAAAUAAAUCUCAUUAAAAAGGCAAAAGAUUAUUAUUUUACUCAUUGCUUUAUAGUUAUAUAAAUAAUAAAAAUAAAAAAAAGUUUUUUUUUAAUUUCGAAUUAUACAUUUAUAAAUUCGAAAUUUUUAUACCUUUUUAGUAAUUUUCGAUUUUGUUUUUAAUUUUUUGUUAGUUAGAAUUAUAUGUUUUCAAAUUCGAACUUUAAAAAAAAAAUCGAUUUAAAAAAAAUGUUUUUGUAACUAUUUUAAAAAUUGUAUUUUAAUUUUUUUAAUAUUUAUAAAUAUAAUUAUAUAUUAAAAUGUAAAAGUAUAUACAAUUGUAAUGGAUUAUAGUUUUGGAAUAUAAUGCGGAUUUAAAGUGCAAAAGAUAUUUGGUAAGAAAACUAUUUUGUUUUCUAGUUUUUUAUCACAUGGAUACAUAUGAUAUUUUGAAAGUUGAGUCUUAUGAGUAAAAAUGAAUAAAAUCUAUCUUCCAAUAACACUAGAUUUAGUUAGAAUUAGAAAAUCAAUAAUAAUUAAACUUUUUGAAUAACAAGAGAUUUGAAUAGAUUUUAAAAAUUCUUAAACCAAUAACAAUGAAUUUCAUUAAGACUUUUUAAAUCCAAUAACCAAUAAAAAUGAAAUAUCAAAAUUUCUUAAAUUCAUGAAAAUUCACUAACCAAUAAUCUCCCUAAGAAUCUAGAUUUAUUUUGAUCAAAAUGUUAUUGAAAAAACUAAAUUAUUAUAAUAUUAACUUAACAAUAGUGAUAUUUGCAUAAAUAAAUAUUUUUAUUUUUUUAUUCAUGUUAGAAAGUGCAUUGAUUUAGUGAAAAGUCUAUUUUGUUUAAAACUUAUUAAUAUUUUACAUGAGAUAAAUUAAUUUAUUGUAAUAAAAUUUAAUAUAGAGAGCUUUGAUAUUUUAAGGAACUUGAUUUUUAUCAGUAAAAUGUAAAUUCUUUGUAAAAUCUACAUGGGAGGUUUGCAACAGUAACAAUAGUUCAAAAGAUAAGCAUAAGAGCAUCCGCAUCAGCGGUUUAAACUGGAGUUAACACGGUUACCGAGAAAAUAAAAAUAUUAAAAUAAUCCAAUAUGCAUGACUUCGUCUCGCCACGCUCCUUCCGCAUGAACCCGGGUCGUUACUGUUUAGCGGACCCUACGCCAUGUGGUGGCCCGCUAUUGGUCAAUUUUUUUUUA